AUGGUGAAAGAUGGGGCAUCUGACGGUGCCGGCACCGGUGAGUCCUCAUCCGAUGGUUCCAACGGUGCUGGUGGCCCUUUCGGAGCACUUCUUGGCGGCACUUCUGGUGCGGUUGGAGCAGGCACUGGCGCUCCUGUACCGGGAGCUCGUGAUGGCGCUCUACUACCUGGAAAUGGCGUAGGCGCUCCAGUACCGGGAGCUCGCGAUGGCGCUCUACUACCUGGAAAUGGCGUAGGCGCUCCAGUACCGGGAGCUUGCGAUGACGCUCUACUACCUGGAAAUGGCGUUGGCGCUCCAGUACCGGGAGCUCGCGAUGGCGCUCUACUACCUGGAAAUGGCGUUGGCGCUCCAGUACGGGGAGCUCGCGAUGGUGCUCUACUACCAGGAAAUGGCGUUGGCGCUCCAGUACCGGGAGCUCGCGAUGGCGCUCUACUACCAGGAAAUGGCGUUGGCGCUGAAGCACCGGGAGCUCGCGAUGGCGCUCUAUUACCUGAAAAUGGCGUUGGUGCUGCAGCACCUAGAGCUCUCGAUGGCGCUUUACUACCUGGAAAUGGAGUUGGUGCUGCGGCACCAGGGGCUUGCAAUGGCACUUUACUACCUGCAAAUGUCGUUGGUGCUGCAGCACCGGGGGCUCGCGAUGGCGCUUUACUACCUGGAGUUGUCGUUGGCGCUACAGCACCGGGAGCUUGCGAUGGCGCUGUACUACCUGAAAAUGUAGUUGGUGCUGCGGCUCGGGGAGCUUGUGAUGGCGCUUUAGUACCUGCAAAUGACAUUGGCGCUUCAGCACCGGGGGCUUGCGAUGGCGUUUUACUAUCUGGAGUUGUCGUUGGCGCUACAGCACCGGGAGCUCGUGAUGGCGCUGUACUACCUGAAAAUGUAGUUGGUGUUGCGGCACGGGGAGCUUGCGAUGGCGCUUUACUACCUGGAAAUGGCAUUAGCGCUGCUGCACCGGGAGCUCGUGAUGGCGCUGUACUACCUGAAAAUGUAGUUGGUGUUGCGGCACGGGGAGCUUGCGAUGGCGCUUUACUACCUGGAAAUGGCAUUAGCGCUGCUGCACCGGGAGCUCGUGAUGGCGCUUUACUAUCUGGAGUUGUCGUUGGCGCUACAGCACCGGGAGCUCCCGAUGGCGUUGUACUACCUGAAAAUGUAGUUGGUGCUGCGGCUCGGGGAGCUUGCAAUGGCGCUUUACUACCUGCAAAUGGCAUUGGCGCUUCGGCAACAGGGGCUCGUGAUGGCGCUUUACUAUCUGGAGUUGUUGUUGGCGCUACAGCACCGGGAGCUCGUGAUGGUGCUGUACUACCUGAAAAUGUAGUUGGUGUUGCGGCACGGGGAGCUUGCGAUGGCGCUUUACUACCUGGGAAUGGCAUUAGCGCUGCUGCACCGGGAGCUCGUGAUGGCGCUUUACUAUCUGGAGUUGUCGUUGGCGCUACAGCACCGGGAGCUCCCGAUGGCGUUGUACUACCUGAAAAUGUAGUUGGUGCUGCGACUCGGGGAGCUUGCGAUGGCGCUUUACUACCUGCAAAUGUCGUUGGUGCUGCAGCACCGGGGGCUCGCGAUGGCGCUUUACUGCCUGGAGUUGUCGUUGGCGCUACAGCACCGGGAGCUCGCGAUGGUGCUGUACUACCUGAAAAUGUAGUUGGUGCUGCAGUUCGGGGAGCUUGCAAUGGCGCUUUACUACCUGGAAAUGGCAUUAGCGCUGCUGCACCGGGAGCUCGUGAUGGCGCUUUACUAUCUAGAUUGGGAGUUGUCGUUGGCGCUACAGCACCGGGAGCUCCCGAUGGCGUUGUACUACCUGAAAAUGUAGUUGGUGCUGCGGCUCGGGGAGCUUGCAAUGGCGCUUUACUACCUGCAAAUGGCAUUGGCGCUUCAGCAACGGGGGCUCGUGAUGGCGCUUUACUAACUGGAGUUGUUGUUGGCGCUACAGCACCGGGAGCUCGUGAUGGCGCUGUACUACCUGAAAAUGUAGUUGGUGUUGCGGCACGGGGAGCUUGCGAUGGCGCUUUACUACCUGGAAAUGGCAUUAGCGCUGCUGCACCGGGAGCUCGUGAUGGCGCUUUACUAUCUGGAGUUGUCGUUGGCGCUACAGCACCGGGAGCUCCCGAUGGCGUUGUACUACCUGAAAAUGUAGUUGGUGCUGCGGCUCGGGGAGCUUGCAAUGGCGCUUUACUACCUGCAAAUGGCAUUGGCGCUUCAGCAACGGGGGCUCGUGAUGGCGCUUUACUAACUGGAGUUGUUGUUGGCGCUACAGCACCGGGAGCUCGUGAUGGCGCUGUACUACCUGAAAAUGUAGUUGGUGUUGCGGCACGGGGAGCUUGCGAUGGCGCUUUACUACCUGGAAAUGGCAUUAGCGCUGCUGCACCGGGAGCUCGCGAUGGCGCUUUACUAUCUGGAGUUGUUGUUGGCGCUACAGCACCGGGAGCUCCCGAUGGCGUUGUACUACCUGAAAAUGUAGUUGGUGCUGCGACUCGGGGAGCUUGCGAUGGCGCUUUACUACCUGCAAAUGUCGUUGGUGCUGCAGCACCGGGGGCUCGCGAUGGCGCUUUACUACCUGGAGUUGUCGUUGGCACUACAGCACCGGGAGCUCGCGAUGGUGCUGUACUACCUGAAAAUGUAGUUGGUGCUGCAGUUCGGGGAGCUUGCGAUGGCGCUUUACUACCUGCAAAUGGCAUUGGUGCUUCAGCACCGGGGGCUCGCGAUGGUGGUUUACUAUCUGGAGUUGUCGUUGGCGCUGUUCUACCUGAAAAUGUAGUUGGUGCUGCAGCAUGGGGAGCUUGUGAUGGCGCUUUACUACCUGGAAAUGGCAUUAGCGUUGCUGCACCGGGAGCUCGUGAUGGCGGUUUACUAUCUGGAGUUGUUGGUGCUCUUGAUGGCGCUAUACUACCUGAAAAUGUAGUUGGUGCUGCAGCACGGGGAGCUUGCGAUGGCGCUUUACUACCUGGAAAUGGCAUUAGUGCUGCUGCACCGGGAGCUCGCGAUGGCGCUGUACUACCCGAAAAUGUAGUUGGUGCCGUGGCACGGGGAGCUUGCGAUGGCGCUUUACUACUUGGAGUUGUCGUUGGCGCUGCAGCACCGGGAGCUUGUGAUGGGGCUUUACUACCUGGAGUUGUCGUUGGCACUGCGGCAAUCGGAGCUCGUGAUGAGGCUUUAGUACCUAGAUUUGUUGUUGGCCCUGCUGCAACUGGAGCUCGCGAUGGCACUUUACUACCUGGAGUUGUCGUUGGCGCUGCAGCAACGGGAGCUCGUGAAGGCGACUUACUACCUAAAAUUGUCGUUGGCGCUGCGGCAACCGGAGCUCGCGAUGAGGCUCUACUACCUGGAAUUGUCGUUGGUGCUGCAGCAUGGGGAGCUCGCAAUGGGGCUUUACUACCUGGAGUUGUCAUUGGUGCUGCAGCACGGGGAGCUCGCGAUGGGGCUUUACUACCUGGAGUUGUUGUUGAUGCUGCAGCAACAGGAGCUCGCGAUGGCGUUUUACUACCUGGAGUUGUUGUUGGCGCUGCGGCACCGGGAGCUUGCGAUGGCGCUUUACUACCUCGAAUUGUCGUUGGCGCCGCAGCAACCGGAGCUUGCGAUGGCGCUUUACUACCUCGAAUUGUCGUUGGCGCCGCAGCAACCGGAGCUCGCGAUGGCGCUUUACUACCUGGAACUGUCCUUGGCGCUGCAGCAACAGGAGGUCGCGAAGGCGCUUUACUACCGGGAACUGUCCUUGGCGCUGCAACACUAGGAGCUCGCGAAGGCGCUUUACUACCUGGAACUUUCCUUGGCGCUGCAGCACCAGGAGCUCGAGAAGGCGCUUUACUACCUGUAAUUGUCGUUGGCGCUGCGGCAACGGGAGCUUGCGAUUUACUACCUGGAACUGUCCUUGGCGCUGCAGCAACAGGAGCUCGUGAUGGCGCUUUACCACCUGGAAAUGUCGUUGGCGCAGGCGCAGGCGCUGGCGCUUUACUAUAUGAAACUGUAGCAGGGGCCAUACCAGGGGGAAGACGAACUGCAAAGAAAAGAAAAAUAAAACCUCGAUUCGAAGCAGACAAACAAAUUUCAAACAAGAAUAAAAUCAAACGCACUGCCGCAAUUAGAAAGCGGAGUAGAAAUUCCACAAGUCGCAGGAAGAUCAAUCGCUUUAGUAACAUUCAAUUGAAUCCCCAAGCUCUCACUCUGCUUCAACGCAACGCACAUACAUUUAGCGUUCCAUUUCAACACACUUUCCACAUUCUUGCAGCAAACUUUCGAGGGCAUCAUCAUCGUGCUCCCGAUCGUGAUGUAAUUCACGCACGGCACUCAAGAACAGAGCCAAACUCUGAAUCAUCGCCAUUGCCAUUGCUUGAAUGCGAUCCAAUUAAGAUCGUUGAGUUAUUGUCGAAAACAAGCUGGUUGCUAUUUAAUGCAAGAAAUUGGGAUUGA